UCCCUUGCACCCCGUUGUUUCCCUCUUGUGUGUGUGUGUCUAUGCAUGUGUGUAUGUGUGUGUGUGUGGUUCUGAAUGCCUGCCUGCAGACGAAAUAGAAGGUAAAGUCGAUUUUUUUUUAGCUCUUUAUGAAGCUUAUGAUAAAUCAGCUGUUCACGGAGGCAUCAGUUAACAAUGGCUCACCGUCUGUUUGAGGACAAGAAGCAUGCAGCUUCUUACUUAAAGUACAGGGUCUCCCCAUCAGAACAUCUUAUACAACAGAUCCUUGGAUUCCUGGAAAAACGGAAAGCUCGUCCCUUUGAGCUGGCAGUGGAUGUGGGUUGUGGCUCGGGACAGGGCACUCGGCUGCUGGCCCAACACUUUGCUUCCGUGGUGGGGACAGAUGUGAGUCCUGCCCAGCUGGAUUUGGCUGUCCAGUAUGCCCUGGAGGCAAACAUCACAUAUAGAGAGUGUGCGGCUGAGGAGCUGCCGUUGGCUGACAGCGCAGUGGACCUGCUGACGGUUAUGACUGCGUUCCACUGGUUCGACAGGCCACGCUUUCUCCUGGAGGCCCACAGAGUCCUGAAGCCCCGCGGCUGCCUGGCUCUGCUCAGCUACACCAUGGACAUGGAGCUCAGCUACGACGGCUGCUGCUCGCAAGCACUCAACCAAGUCUGCAAAGAGUUUCAUGCAGCUUUAAAACUCUACCGCUACCCUCACAUUGGUCCCAGCACUAUUGAGUUGUACCGGGCGGCGUAUGAAUCCAUCCCUUACCCGGACAAGGAGUGGCAAGAGUGUGUGAGAGUGACAAAGGCCAUGCCUCUGUCCGGCUACAUGGGGAUGAUGGAGUCUUUCUCCAGCUAUCAGAUUCUGCUGAGAGCCGACCCGCAGAAGGCCGAGCAACUCUCCCGGGACAUCUGUCAAAAGCUGAAGUCUGUGAUGCAGGUGACCUCAGCAGAGGCAGAGGUGGUGGUGGCUGUGAAGUAUUACUACCUGCUGGCCUGUAAACCAGAGGAGGCCUGAGUCCGACCACCUCUCACACUUUCAACACCGACCAGCAAUGUCGUGGACACAGGAGAUCUAU